CACACACAUACACAUGCACUACUCCCCUAUAAGAUAGCACAUGUGCCAGCUGGGCGCAGGCUGAACAUAGGCAGAGUGGAGAGGGGCAGGAGAGGGGCGAUGCUGAGGGGGGUGCUGCACACAGACACGCCGGGCUGCUAAAGCAGGAGCAGCUGUGAAGGCUGCACGGGAAUAAGAGGGGCACAAGCCGGGGAAAUAGAGGAAAACGAGGUGGAGGCAGAGGGAACAUGUUGAUUGCAAAUUGGUUGUCGGGACUUGUCUGUCAUCUCUGCUUCCUGCACACGACAAGGUCCUGGGAACAGCGACUUCACCCCACACAAGCCAGCUUUGUGAAGAAGCUUUCAUCUUAUGAGAUUGUCAUACCUUCUCGAAUAAAUGAUUUUGGAGAGGUUUUUCCACACAAUCAGCAUUUUCGAAGAAGGAAAAGGAGUGUACAUUUUCAGCUUUCAGAAUCUCAUGGAUACCGGACGCACUACCGAUUUACUGCGUACGGACAAUACUUCCAGUUUAAUCUUACUCUUGAUGCAGGCUUCAUUGCUGACUCUUAUAAUGUUACACAUAUUGGAACCCACAGCCAGCUGCACUUUGAUUCCUCAGAUCUCAGACACUGUUUCUACAGUGGCCAUGUAAAUGCUUUGGAGACCAGCACAGCUAUAUUUAGUCUCUGCGGUGGCAUGAUUGGCACUUUUAAAGCACAUGAUGGGGAAUAUUUUUUAGAACCACUGAUGAAACCUGAUGGAGGGGACCACGAAGAUGAGCACAACAAACCCCACCUCAUCUACAAGCACAAAGUCAAACAUUUAAAUUCCUCAAGAAAACAACAGAAAAAAUUUGACAUUUCAGAUCUUAAAAGAAAAGAAGAGCUCCAUCUUCAACUUUCAAACAGCAUAGAACAAGAUACUGCAAGUUUUCAGAACCUGUCAAUUCCUCACUAUUCAUCACAGAACAAGACACAUGAAGAAAGUGCAAGCAGAUCACACAUUAGAAAGAAGAGAUUUUUGUCAUAUCCAAGAUAUGUAGAGGUUAUGGUUACUGCUGAUGCAAGAAUGGCACAUCACCAUGGACACAACUUACAGCAUUACAUCUUAACUUUAAUGUCCAUAGUUGCUGCUAUUUAUAAAGACCCAAGUAUUGGGAAUCUUAUAAACAUCAUGAUUGUGAAACUUGUUAUAAUACACAGUGAGCAGGAUGGACCAGUAAUAAGCUUUAAUGCAGCAACAACUCUCCACAACUUUUGCUUAUGGCAAAGAACUCAGAAUAUUCCAGACGAUUCCCACCCAGCUCAUUAUGAUACAGCUGUCCUCCUCACCAGGGAGGAUAUUUGUAGAGCUAGUGAAAAGUGUGACACAUUGGGUUUAGCUGAACUUGGUACAAUGUGUGAUCCCCACAGAAGCUGCUCCAUAAGUGAAGAAAAUGGCCUAGGCACAGCAUUCACAAUUGCACAUGAGCUAGGGCACGUGUUCAAUAUGCCUCACGAUGAUAGCUUCAAGUGCAAAGAAGCCGGAAUUAAAAAUCAAUUUCAUGUCAUGGCCGCAACUUUAAAUUACAACACAAGUCCAUGGACCUGGUCCAAAUGCAGUCAGAAAUAUAUCACAGAAUUUCUAGAUACUGGUUAUGGGGAAUGCCUUCUUGAUAAGCCUAAUGGAAGAAUUUACGAGUUCUCAAACCAGCUGCCUGGUGUAAUAUAUAAUGUGAACAGACAAUGUGAAUUAAUGUUUGGCACUGGAUCACAAGUAUGCCCCUAUAUGAAGCAAUGUAAACGACUGUGGUGUACAAGUACAGAAGGAAUCCAAAAGGGAUGUCGCACUCAGCAUAUGCCCUUGGCUGAUGGAAGUGAUUGUGGUCCUCAUAUGUAUUGUCGCAGUGGUAUUUGUGUAAACAAGGCAAUGGAUACCCGGCCGGUAGAUGGUGAAUGGGGACCGUGGGGAUCUUACAGCUCAUGUUCAAGAAACUGUGGUGGUGGGAUUAAAACUAUUACAAGAGACUGCAGUCAGCCUGAGCCAAGAAAUGGGGGGAAAUAUUGUGUGGGGAGAAGGAUGAAGUUUCGAUCCUGUAACACGGAUUCCUGUCCCAGAGGAAGGAAAGAUUUUAGAGAUGAGCAGUGUACAAAUUUUGAUGGUAAACAUUUCAACAUCAAUGGUCUUACAGGCAGUGUGCGCUGGAUACCAAAAUAUAGUGGCAUUCUAAUGAAAGAUCGAUGCAAGCUGUUCUGCCGAGUUUCUGGGACAUCUUCAUACUACCAGCUGAAAGACAGAGUCAUUGAUGGUACUUCUUGUGGGCCUGAAUCCGAUGACAUCUGUGUCCAAGGAUUAUGCAGGCAAGCUGGAUGUGAUCAUGUCUUGAAUUCCAAAGCAAAGAGAGAUAAAUGUGGUGUAUGUGGGGGUGACAAUUCCUCCUGUAAGACCGUGGCAGGCACUUUUAAUACUGCUCAGUAUGGGUAUAACACAAUUGUGAAAAUUCCAAUUGGAGCAACAAGCAUUGAUAUUCGUCAGCAUAGUUACUCUGGGUAUCCUGAAGAUGACAACUAUUUGGCUUUAUCGGACACCAAAGGAAACUUUGUCCUAAAUGGCAAUUUUGUUGUGAGCCGAUUUAAGAGAGAAAUAAGUAUUAAAGGUACUGCUUUUGAAUACAGUGGCUCAGAUAAUAGCAUAGAACGAAUAAAUUGUACUGACCGCCUGGAGGAAGAGCUCAUUUUACAGGUUUUGUGUGUGGGAAAUUUAUUUAAUCCUGAUGUGCGGUAUACUUUCAACAUUCCAACUGAAGAUAAAGUUGCACAUUUUUUGUGGGAUCCAUUUGGUCCAUGGCAAAACUGUAACAAGAUGUGUCAAGGCAUUCGUGAAAGAAAAGUCACAUGUGUUCGAAGAAGUGAUCGAGCUGUAGUAUCAGAGCAAAGGUGUAAGCAUUUGCCUCAGCCAGAAUUAAUUACUGAGCCAUGUAACAAUGACUGCCAGUUAAGGUGGUAUGUCGCUGGACAAAGUGAAUGCACUUCACAGUGUGGACCUGGACAUCGAACACUAGAUAUACGUUGUAUAAAGUAUUCUACAAAAGGAUCAAGCACUCCAGUUGAUGAUAAAUUUUGUGGUGGCCAGUCUAAACCUACUAACAAGGAAUUUUGUCAUGGAGAUUGUCUCUCAUCAAGUUGGCAUUAUACAGAAUGGUCCCAGUGCUCAGUGAGUUGUGGCAGAGGAAUUCAAACCAGAGAAGCUUUUUGCAUGAGUAACUUUGGUCGUCGUUUGUCUGAUAGAGAAUGCAGCGAACAUCAGAAAGUAGUUCGUCAGAGCUGUAACGAAAUUUCAUGUCCAGUAUGGUAUACAGGUGAAUGGAGUGAGUGUGCUGUAACAUGUGGAAAAGGAACCAACCAUCGCCAUGUGUCAUGUCAACUGAAUGGCGAGAAACUGGAUGAGAACUAUUGCAAUUUAAGCAGUAAACCAUCAUCAGUUCAAUCAUGUGAGCUUCAAGAAUGUGCAUCAUGGAAAGUCGGACCUUGGGGACCAUGUGCUGUUACCUGUGGACAUGGUUUUCAAAUGCGCAGAGUAACAUGUGUCACUGGUGCCUAUGUAGAAAUACUGGAUGAACAUGAGUGUAAUGCUGCUUCUCGUCCUACGGACACCCAGGACUGUGAAAAUCCUUCUUGCCCCAAAAUCUCAAUCACUUCACCACCUGCAGACCAGAGGCCACAACAUAUACAGUGGAGAUUUGGGUCAUGGACUCCUUGUUCAGCUUCUUGUGGGAGGGGUAAUCGUGCUCGAUAUGUGAGUUGUAGGGAUGCGUUUGGUGGAGUUGCUGAAGAACUGUUUUGCGCCCAUUUUCCACGACCAGCAGAAGUUACACCAUGUUUUACACCUUGUGGAGAAUGGCAGUCAGGAGGCUGGACGCCUUGCUCUGUUACUUGUGGAAAGGGAAAGUUAAUGCGACAAGUUAUUUGUACAAAUUAUCAUGGAAGGACUGAGGAUAGCAACUGUGAUCCUGAUAUCCAACCAGCUGCAGAUCAAGAGUGCAUUAUGGUGCCAUGCAACAAGUACAUUCAUUACCCAUAUAAUAAUGGCUAUCCAGUAAGAAACACUCACUCUGAAAAUCCUCAUAUUAAUAGGGAGCAUGACACAUCUGGCAGUAUAAACCACAGAAAUAAUCUUCCUCGAGAGAACCAGUGGAGGACUGGACCAUGGGGAGCAUGUUCCAGCACAUGUGCAGGGGGAUUUGAGCAAAGGAUGGUGGUGUGUCAAGAUGAAGAAGGGAGAAGUAGCAGUCUAUGCGAUGAAGCCUCUAAACCCAUUGAAUCAAGACACUGUGACUCUGGACCCUGCCCUCACUGGAGCCAUGGAACCUGGGGAGAAUGCACACAAACAUGUGGAGGUGGAAUGAAAACAAGGCUAGUGGUAUGCCAGCUGGCAAGUGGGCAAGUUUUGGAUGAUCAGAACUGUGAAAUCCUAGAUAAACCACCAAAUAUGGCUCAGUGUAAUAAUCAUGCAUGCCCUGCAGAUGCUUUUUGGCAUCCAGGACCAUGGAAAUCGUGCUCUGCUAGUUGUGGAAAAGGAGUAAAAUAUCGAAAUGUGCACUGUGUUUCCAAGGAUAAACAUAUAAUGGAUGAUAAUAUCUGCCAGCAUUUAAAAAAACCUCGAGUACGGAAGUACUGCAAACUGGGAAAGUGUCCCUCAUGGAAGGCUAAGAAAUGGUCAGAGUGUUCUCUAACCUGUGGUAUGGGCAUUCAGCGAAGAGAGGUGUACUGCAGACUGAAAGGCCAAGGAAAAAUUCAAGAAGAAUUUUGCAACUAUAUCACGCGUCCAGACAGUCAAAAAAAAUGUUUUCUGUCUGAAUGUAUGCAUUAUUUUUGGCUUGCAGAUGAAUGGCCUGAUUGUUCAUCAGAAUGCAAGCACAACGAAUACAGAAGAAGGGUGAAAUGUGUGGACAGCAACAAAAGGCCUGUGAAUGAAAAUGACUGUGACCCUACCACAAAACCGAUUUCUACUAAAAAAUGUAAGAAUGUCCCUUGCAAGUACACAGUAGUUACAGAAGAUAUGUCAGAGUGCUCUGGCAUCUGUUGGUAUGGGUAUAGGCAAAAAAUAACCUUUUGUCGAAAAGUACCUGCAAUCCACAAUAAGUAUAGCACCGACCUUCGGUCUGUCAGUUAUAAAAGUUGUCCAUUUCGGCCCUUUUCAUUUGCCCACAAAUGCAAUGGGAAUGACUGCGUGCAAGAUGUUGCAUGGAAGGUUGGCCAAUGGAGCAUGUGCUCUGUAACCUGUGGGAAAGGAAUUAUGGAGAGAAGAGUGAUAUGCAUGAGAGACAACAAUGCUUCCAGCAACCUAUGCCCAUUACAUGUGAAACCCCCUGCCAGCAAGAGCUGUUUCUCAAAAAAUUGUGAAUUUAAAUCCUGCAAAGAACUGAGUCUGCUGAGUAAUAUUCAAACAGAUGGUGAAUAUGUCCUUAAUAUCAGCAACAGAAAUGUUCAGAUAUAUUGUUCUGGGAUGCAGUCUGAAAGUCCAAGAGAGUAUAUUACACUGGUUAAAGGUGAAACAGACAACUUUUCUGAAGUCUUCGGAUAUAGGCUGAAAAAUCCUUAUGAGUGUCCAUUUAAUGGAAGCAAAAAGCAAGACUGUGCAUGUAAAAAUGACUACCUUGCAGCUGGAUAUACUGCAUUUAGUAAAGUAAGGCUGGAUGUCAUCUCAAUGCAAAUUAAAACUACUGACCUGCAUUUUGCUCAUACCGUAUCUGGAAGACCAGUUCCGUUUGCCACUGCUGGGGAUUGCUAUAGUGCUGCCAAGUGCCCACAGGGGCAGUUUAGUAUUAAUCUUGCAGGUACUGGUUUUAGACUUUCAGAAGCAGCAAAGUGGAUGGCACAGGGAAAUUAUGCAGCUAUGAACAUCCAUAGGUCACCGGAUGGAACAAAAAUAUAUGGAAGGUGUGGAGGGUAUUGCGGAAAAUGUGUUCUCCAUUCAACUGUUGGACUUCAAGUUGAAGUGCCAUAGAGACACCGAAAAACAAUGAAAUGGAAACUUUCAGGAUAUUUUUUAAUUUCAUGUUAUUUCUAUUUGGCUAAAGCUAAAUGAAUUACCAAACGAACCAGAAAGGAGGGUCUGAACCAAAAAUACCUGAACUCUUCUGGUCUAAUGUUUUACAGUUUAUACAUUAACGUGUUCAUGGUGCUAUUUUUGUACUUUUUUUUAGUUCCAUGAUAGCCGAGCUUUAAGGCAUAUCCUGAUUUAAAAUAUUAAAGCACAGCCUUUCUCCCACAAUAGCUCCCACUGUUCCAUGUAGAUUUGGAAAACUGCAGUGUAGUUUAUUUUGCAUCACUUGCUUGCUUUAUAGAAGAACAUUAAACAACAUAGCAAGAUUUCCAUGUACAUGCCAAAAAUGUGUACUCUGUUUGCAGUGUUGGUAUGUAGCAACGGCAAACAGCCAUUACACAGUGGGAGCCUGGUGCUAUAUAGGGCAUAUAAGAUGGUGUUAGGCAAUAGACCUAAAUACAUCACCUGGUACUAUAUUUUAUAUUGUGCAGACAAUGUAAGUAAUGUCUUGAUCAAAGGCAAAUCUGAGGUAUAACAUAUAUUGCUACAUACCCUACCUCUAAGGUCAUUCUUUGUAAAAUGCAUGGUGUCCUCUACAAAUAUAUGGUAUUUUUUAUAUAUAUUUAAUUUAUUUAUGGCGUUAUUAAAAUGAGCUACUAUUAAUUUCUAGUAACAUUAUAAAUGUAGCACAUAUUUAUUCAUCUCUAAUGAAGGAUCAUAAGAAGGAAUUCAUCUAGCAUGGGGCAAACUUUUGUUGCAAGCAAAGAUAAACUAGUAUAUAUCUUGAAACAAAUGUAUACUUUUUUCAAUUUAAAAUGGUACAUAAACAUUUUGUUUAAAGAAAUACUGACAUCUGCACAUAUCUGCCUAUACUUUGUACCUCUAAUCUAUUUUAUUUAUUGGCCUACAAUGUGAAUUGAAAAACAUAUGUGUCUCUCGCAUCAAACUUUCUUUCAAGGUAGUAUUAAAGAUGAGGGUCUUUCUGGGAAUGCUGACCUUAUAAAAAGGGAGACUAGUUACUAUCUGGUUACUACUCUAUAUUCAGUGUGGCACAUACGGGCAAAUCCAAUUGGUAGAAUGUGUUUCUUAUUUCACAGCAGCUUAUCACAGAUGAGUUUACUUACCAAUUGCAGAGAACCAAGUGCCUGAAAUCCAAAUAUUUCUUACCACUUCUAAAAGUUGCCAAUCAUUUUGUCCAGUAAUAUUUCAGAUUACUGAGUGGCCUUAGAUAAGAUUUGGCCAGUUUUUUUAUUUUUGUUUUCACGAUUUUUUAUUUUGUUCCACUACAAACAAAAGAAAUGCAUAUGUGAAUGCAAUAAAAAUGUUGUCAACAAUUUUCCAGCCUAACUGGUUUAUUAUGUGAACAAAAUCAUUAAGGUGCCAACUUUUUUGGCUGUGACUGUGAAUGUUUAAGUUUUACAUUGCCACCAGGUAAACUAGAUACAAAUGAAAUCCAUAUACUACAAGCCUAACUGAACGUGAUCUAAAUUCUUGCUGCAGAUGUUUCUGAUAUGUGUUUGCAUCCAUCCAUGGUUGGCCACUUGAGUUGAUGAAAUAUACCUAAUGCAGGACUGCCUAGGUUUUUAUACAAGCUGCAAAUGUUUUCAUUAUCUUUAAUUAAAGGGAGAAGAUUGCAAAGCAACAGAACUUUUAAGAUGUUUGCAGAUGUCAGUAUCAAAUAUAGUGUAAUUUCUCAGGAAUUAAUCUGUAUAUUCAUUGCUUGUUCGAUUGUGUAUUUGUAGAAUACAAAAAUUGUAAUUUAUUGACUCUUUGUACUCUUGAAACCCACCAGUCAUUAUGAGGGCAGCUGUAAAAUUAUCAGAGGUAUAACUAAGGGAGCCUGGGUCUCCUCUUGCGGGCCCCCAGCUCCCCCACUCUGUGAUCUGCAGUUAUGUCACUGCAUAUUAUAAUAUUAUAAAGAAUUAAAGUAUUUCCCGCAUAAGGUGGGAUAAACUGCGUAAACACGGUGCUACAAGUCAUGUUUGUCUCUGACAAUAAGUUCUUUUUGCACUAUUAGAAAUGAAAAUGUUCAGAAAGUUGAAUUGAAACUAUAAAUUGACAUGAAAAAAUUGCAAAUCUAUAUUUACAAUCUGUGAAAAUGUUUAUGAAAAACACGGUGGUGUUUUAAAGGCACCUUAACCACUUUUUUAUUUUGCUAUUUGUUUAAUCUAAAUAAUAAAAUAUGUACUGAUAUUCCUGUUACAGGCCUUGUAAAAUCUGCUUUGUCUGUGAGGUAUUUUAAUUUUAUUUUCACAUAACUCACAUAAAUCACAUAACUGUCUUUAUUCCCCUACUAAGCCCAGGCACUAAGGGCAAGUAUAAGAGAGGGAAAUACAUGCAUGUUUAAUGUCACCAGUUUUGGGGAUGCAUCCAGUCGUCAAACAUAAUAUUUGGAGCGGUCUGGGUGUGCGGACUA